AUGGCUGAAUUGCAUCCCUUUGACCCGCUCACGCCUGCGGAGAUACAGAACACCGUGGCCGUUCUUAAGGCCCAGUUUCCAGACGUGCCGCUUAGGUUCAAGGUAAUCGAAAUCCUCGAACCUACCAAAUCGGAUGUUAUUCCAUUCAUUGAGGCUGAGAGGCUUGGGAAGCCGCUGCCUGCAUAUCCUACUAGGCUGACUUUCAGCUACUUCCAUCGUAUGGACACUGGGAUCUUCCAUAAGGCCGUCCUCAAUCCAUCUGGAGGCAAGGUAAUCUCAAUGAAGCAGCUUCCUGGGACUAUCCAGGGACCCAUUGAUGUGGACGAGAUGAUCGCCAUUGAGAAGUUCUGUCUUCAACAUCCCGCCGUGCUCGCAGAAAUUGAGAAGAUGAAGCUGCCAUCUGGUUACAGCGUUUGCACAGAUCCAUGGAUCUAUGGCACGGACGAUGAGAAUGAGAGUCGGCGGCUGAUUCAGUGCUACAUGUAUGUGGUGGACCGAGAUCAUCCGGAGUGUAACCACUACAGCAUUCCUGCGACGUUUUCGCCCGUGUUUGAUGCAGUCAAGCUUGAGCUGGUUCGCAUGGAUUAUCUCCCGCCUGGAAACACAUUCGAGGGUGUUCCAACCUCUCCGUGGAAGCCCGUCAAGGCCGUCCAGUAUGCGCAUGCGCUCAUGGACGAACCCGUCCGCACUGAUCUCAAGCCGUACAUCGUUCAGCAGCCUGAAGGCCCAAGCUUUACCGUCAGCAACAACAACCUCAUCCAGUGGCAGAAGUGGAGGUUCAGAAUCGGCUUCAACUACCGCGACGGACUAGUCAUCUAUAACGUCACAUACGCUGGUAGGAACGUAUUCUACCGUCUGAGCAUGUGCGAGAUGACGGUUCCUUACGGAGAUCCCCGCGCGCCGUAUCACCGGAAGCAAGCGUUCGACGUGGGUGACGUCGGUCUCGGAGUCACGGCUAAUCAGCUUGCCCUGGGCUGCGACUGCCUUGGUCACAUUAAAUACUUCGACGGCUACCGCACUGAUUCGAAGGGAAAUCCGGUACAUUUGAAGAACGUCAUUUGCCUGCAUGAACAGGACGGCGGCCUUCUACAUAAGCACACCAACUACCGUUCGGGCAUCGCGACUGUCGCACGCAACCGCCAGCUUGUCGUCCAGAUGAUCGCAACUGUUGCUAAUUACGAGUACAUCUUCGCAUGGAUCUUCGACCAGGCCGCGGGCAUCGAUUUCGAAGUUCGGGCAACAGGUAUUCUAAGCACGAUUCCGAUGGACACAGAGGAUGGCCAGACCUCCGAGUGGGGGCCCAACAUUGCUCCGGGUGUGGUUGGAAGCUAUCAUCAGCACCUGUUCAGUCUCCGUAUCGAUCCUGCCAUUGAUGGUUUCAAGAACACGGUUAUCUACGAAGAUAGCGUUCCCUCCAAGCCCGAUCCAGUAAAGAACAAUUGGGGCAAUAGCUAUGUCACCGAAGAUACCAUUAUCAAAGAGGCGGGUGCAUACGAUACUAACGUCCCUCUGCAUCGCACUUACAAGAUACGGAACGACUCGGUUAUCAACAAGCUCACGCACAAGCCCGUCUCGUACAAGAUCAUGACAUGCCCCAGCCAGAUGCUUCUGAUGGCCCCGGACAGCUACAACACAAAGCGAGCUGGGUUCGCCACCAAACCCGUGUGGGUAACGAAGUACCAAGAUGGUGAGCUUUACGCAGCUGGCGAGUUCACCAACCAGAGCAAGAAGGGAACUGGCGUCGAAGUUUGGACUGAGCGGAAGGAUCACGUGGAAAAUGAGGACCUCGUUUUCUGGCACACUUUUGGUUUGACACACAAUCCACGCCCGGAAGACUUCCCGGUGAUGCCCGUAGAGCGCAUCAUGGUUUCCAUGAAGCCUAAUGGAUUCUUUGAGAAGUCACCUGCGCUUGACGUUCCUCAGAGCGUCCAGAGCGCCAACAAGUCUACACUGUACAACGGCGCCAAUGGGAAAAUUACCACCGAUACCGCAUCCUGCUGCUAUCCAACCCCCCUUCCUAAUGGAAGCCACGCCUGA